AAACAAAGGAAAUAUAUUCGUUAUAUUUGUUUAGUUGAUUUUGAAUGCAACAUAAUAUAAACUGAAAAUGGAUGUGGCGAAGAAACUGACUUCAUUGCAAGAAAUAUCCAAAGCUCAACUCUCAAAAAUUCUAAGUACUAAUGCAAAUUUAAAAUACUUAAUCCUAGAACCUGAAAUUAUUCGACCACUAGAGAAAGUAUGUGGUGUUACGUGGUUAAAGGGAAAUGGGGUAGAGAAAAUAUUUAAAUUGGACUCGGUCUCAAGUUUUUCUAGUAAUGCUGUCUAUUACAUGAUAUAUGCUAACUUCAAAACAUUUUGCACAGUUGUGAAUCAAAUAAGAUCCCAGGUAGACAUAGAAAAUCCAAUAAAAAAUAAAUUUCACAUUAUUGUAGUACCACAUAUCCUACAUAAUUUUGAAGAAGAAUUAGAAGGAUUAGGGUUGCUUCACUCAGUAGUAACACUGCACUCAUUCCAAUGGAUGCCUUUACAUAUUGAUACAAAUAUACUCAGUUUGGAAAUACCUAAUGUUUAUCAUAAUUUAUUUGUUAAUCAAGAUAUGGCCACUUUGCCCACUUUGUCAAAAACUCUUUGGCAAUUGAGUUUUGUAGUUGGACGGCCAAAGUUUACCCUGGCAUUAGGAACACUUUCAACAGCUAUUUUGAAACAGUUUGAUGUAAUGUGUGAAGACAAAGGUGAAACAGACAUAUUAGAUUCAGACUUUGGAAGUCUUUUAAUUAUAGACCGCAGUGUGGAUUACACUAGUGCCUUAUUGUCCCCUGGGACUUACUCAGCUUUGCUUAAUGAAGUUUACAAUGUGUCUGUAGGAGUUUGUGAAAAUAAAGAAGAACAUAGUAGUGAUUAUGAUUCUAAAAAUAAUCCAGUGGUAAAGAAAAAGGUCAUGAGCUUCAAUCUUGACAGUGUACAGGAUUCUGUAUAUCUAGAUAUAAAAAAUCGGUAUUUUACGGAAGUGACAACAGUUUUAAGCAAUUUAACUAAACAAUUAAGAUCUGAAAAGGUCAAUUCUGAAGAUAUGGCUUUAGAUGAGAUAAAGAGGUAUGUGCAGACACAACUGCAAGCUACUAAAGCUAGAAAAAAAUUCAUAACCAACCAUUUGAAUGCUGCAGAAAGUAUUAUUCAUAUUCUGGGUCACCGAUACGAGAAUCAACGUGAAAUAGAAGGAAAUAUAAUGAAAAACAGCAAUAAAAGCAGAAACUAUAAUUAUUUGGAAGAGAUACUGGUGACUGAAAAUGAUCCAUUAGUAUCCCUUAGAUUGUUUUGUCUAAUUUCAUUAACACAAACUCUUUCUGAUGGUGAAGUCCAUUCAUUUUGGAGAAAGUACCUCCAUCAUUUUGGUUAUAAAUAUGGAUAUGCUUUUCAUAAUUUGAUUACAUGUGGAUUUAUUCCUGAACCAUCCCAAUCUAUUUCUAAACUCCCAACAAAGAUAAUUAAAAUACCUAAAUUUACUUCAAAAAACUUUUAUAUUAACGCAAAAAAUGUAAAACAAAUCAUCAAUGAACCAGAGAAAGUGAAUUUAAAGUAUCCUACAUGUGCAAGUUAUGUUUUUGGGGGAAUAUACAUUCCGCUAUUAGUUCAAAUAUGUAGUAUGGUAUUGAGUGCCACACCAUUGGAUGAACUCAAACAGAAGCUUGAACCAUUUGGAACACUAGCCAUAAGAAAUGAUCGCGGGUUUCCUUUACAGUCGCGGUCAGUUUUGGCAUAUGUUGUUGGUGGCGUUACUUAUGCUGAAAUUGCGGCUUGUAAUUUACUCGAAACUAUUACAGGGUCCAAAAUUGUAAUUUUAAGCGAUAAAAUUAUAACAGGGAAUGAUCUAAUGAAAGGGUUACUGAAAUAUCCAGAUUAAUAUGUAUUUUGAAUUUAUUAGCAAUAUUCUCUAAUUAGAUAUUUCUUUUAAAACUUAUUCUGUGAUAUGCUUAUAUUAUACUACUAAAUACUAUACUAUGACUUUUAAUAUAAAUUGUCUAACACCAAAUAUUAAAUUAUUUAUUA